AGCUUUAAAUCCAAAAUGGGUAUCAUCACAAACUUGAAUCUCUUCUCCUUCCUCACUUUCUCCUUCAUCAUCGUCAACUCUAGCCAAUUACCAAUCAAUAUCUGGCCAAAACCAAGGAUCUUCACUUGGACCUCGCCCCAUUCAAUCCUACUCUCCCAACAUUUUACCAUCUCCGCCCCUACCAAUCAUAAAUACCUCUCCGCCGCUGUCCGCCGUUAUCAAGCUCUGAUCUUCUCCGAGCACCACCGUCCGAUAGUCCUCCCAUACGUAAACUUAACAAGAACAACGCCGCUACAGGAUCUGAAAGUGAUCGUUGAUGACCCUUCUGCUCCUCUCCACCAUGGCGUCAACGAGUCCUACGUUCUUCAAAUCCCUGCGAACUCAAGCUCCGCCGUCUUGGCCGCCUCCACGGCUUGGGGAGCUAUGCGAGGGCUAGAGAGUUUCUCGCAGCUGGUUUGGGGAACCCCGUUGAGAGUAGCUGCAGGUGUUUACAUUUCUGAUUGGCCUAUUUUUGGUCAUCGAGGGGUUUUGUUGGAUACGUCCAGGAAUUUUUAUGAAAUUGGUGAUAUAUUGAGGACUAUUGGAGCGAUUAGUGAGAACAAGAUGAAUGUAUUUCAUUGGCAUAUCACGGAUUCGCAUUCGUUCCCUCUGGUGAUUCCGUCGGAGCCGAAUUUGGCGGCGAAGGGAUCUUAUGGAGAUGAAAUGAAGUACUCGGUUGAUGAUGUGAAGAGGGUUGUUGAGUUUGGAUUGGAACAUGGAGUCAGGGUUUUACCAGAGAUCGAUAUGCCUGGUCAUACAGGAUCAUGGGCUAAAGCUUACCCAGAUAUAGUCGCAUGUGCUAACAUGUUCUGGUGGCCUGCCGGAACCCAAUGGGCGGAUCGUCUAGCAUCAGAACCAGGAACCGGUCAGCUCAACCCUUUAAACCCCAAGACCUACAAAAUUGUCAAGAAUGUCAUUCAUGACGUCUCUACCAUGUUCCCUGAACCAUUUUACCACGCCGGAGGCGAUGAGAUCAUCCCCGGUUGCUGGAAAAUCGAUCCAACAAUUCAAGCUUUCAUAUCCAAAAAUGGAACCCUCAAUCAGGUUCUCGAGAUAUUCAUAAACUCGACCCUCCCUUACAUUUCUUCCCUCAACCGAACCGCAGUUUACUGGGAAGACAUUCUAUUGGACGCAGCCAUCAAUGUCAGCUCGGCCAUUCUCCCACCUGAAAAAGUGAUCUUGCAGACUUGGAACAACGGUCCGAGUAAUACAAAGAAGAUCGUGCAAAUGGGUUAUCGAGUAAUCGUUUCCUCUUCAGAGUUCUACUAUUUGGAUUGUGGGCAUGGCGGUUUCGUUGGGAACGACAGUUCUUACAAUCAGCCUCCUGGAAACAACCAGGGAAACGGUGGUUCUUGGUGCGGACCGUUUAAAACGUGGCAAAUGAUAUAUGAUUAUGAUGUAACGUUUGGAUUGAGUGAAAUGGAAGCCAGACUGGUGUUGGGAGGGGAAGUGGCAUUAUGGUCGGAGCAAGCAGAUCCAACUGUGUUGGACUCGCGGUUAUGGCCGAGGACUUGUGCUAUGGCGGAGACUUUAUGGUCGGGAAAUAAGGAUGAAACGGGCAAGAAGAGAUAUGCCGAGGCUACUGACCGGUUAAAUGAAUGGAGGUAUAGAAUGGUUAAGAGAGGUGUGGCUGCUGAACCCAUUCAGCCCAUGUGGUGUAUAAAGAAUAGAGGCAUGUGUGAUACAGUUAAUGUACUUUGAGUUCAUUCAUCUUAUUGAUUAUGACAAAAUAAGGGUUGUAAUGGUCUGAUUUGUAGCAAUUGUUGCGGUUUAUUGGUAAGUUUGUUUGGGA